GGACUUCUCAUGAAGCACAUCUGACAUUCCUGAUGAGAGGAGAGGAGGCAGCGGUGAGGAAGUGAAGGGGGGGGGACGAGGACGGGUUUAGUGUGCUUCUAUGCGAGUGGGGUGAGGAGACCCUUGUGUCUCUGUGUGGGUCAGCCGCCUUAAAAUGAAGAGCCAAAUCACCAACGCCCUCUCCGACUUCUUUUUCGAGUAUGAGACCCCACGGCAGGUUCUGGUCAGGAACAGGAGAGUCGGGGUGGUGUGUCGUCUCAUCCAGCUGGGCGUCUUGGCUUACAUCAUCGGGUGGGUGUUCAUCUACGAGAAAGGCUACCAGUCUACCGAUACAGCCGUCAGCUCCGUCUUCACCAAAAUGAAAGGGGUGGGCUACACCAACGUGACCGGAGACGAGAGAGUGUGGGACGUGGCCGACUAUGUCUUCCCGCCGCAGGGAGAUUCAUCCUUUGUGGUCAUGACUAACUACAUUAUAACUGAAGGUCAGAAGAUGGGAACGUGUCCUGAGCUUACAGGCAAGCACAAUUGCAGCUCGGACGCCGACUGCGAAGGAGGGACUUUCAAACGUACGGGACAUGGGCAAAUGACCGGCGUGUGUGUCAAUGCCACUAAGACCUGUGAGGUUCUGGCUUGGUGUCCUGUUGAGAACGACCACAGCAUACCGGACCCCCCUCUGUUGAUGUCUGCAGAGAACUACACACUCUUCAUCAAGAACUCUGUAACGUUCCCCAUAUUUGGCGUAACAAGGAGUAACCUAGUGGAGGGCAUUGAUGCAGCGUACAUCAGCAAGUGUCUCCAUCAUUCCAAGGAGGCUCCACUGUGUCCUAUUUUCAGACUGGGAGACAUUGUCAAGGAGUCUGGAUUCAAUUUCCAAACUAUAGCAAAAGUGGGAGGCGCCAUCGGCAUCGUGGUUGACUGGACGUGCAACUUCGACGUGGACGUCAAACACUGUAAACCCACGUACAACUUCCACGGGCUCUAUGGGAACCCUGCAGAGACAGACAAGGCCAGAGCGUCAGUCGGCUACAACUUUCGGUAUGCAAAACAUUACAUGGAGGACAAGGUACAGAAAAGAACCCUCCUCAAAGUGUUCGGCAUCAGGAUAGACAUCAUCGUGCAAUCACUGGCAAGAAAAUUUGACAUCAUCCCAACACUGACGGCAAUCGGCUCCGGAGUGGGCAUUUUCGGAGUGGCAACUGUGGUCUGCGAUUUGGUGUUGCUGUAUUUGCUCCCGAAAAGAGAAUUUUACAAGAACAUGAAAUUCAAAUACACAGAUACACAUGCACAGACCGACAGCGAAUCACUCACUUUAGACACAAGCAUCUUUUACGCCAAUGAAGCCAAAGCAGGACAAGCUCAAGACACUGCUCAGUCACAUGACCCUGACUCAGAGGCGGGCAGCACAGAGACAGAUGUAUCAAAAAAGUGACUACCGUGGGGGGAACUAUCACCGUAAUGGCGGUGUUAUUUUACGUCAUGGACUGGUGGAAUCUCCCAAAAAGGCCCAACAAAUCAACACAAAGGACAGAAAAAAUAAUUCUUCUGACUGAGACGUCAUCUUCUGGCAGUGAAUUCCUCAACAACCGAUGUUACAAGCACCAUAAGCUCCUGAAUAUGUGUCGAAAUGUACACAUUUGGUACACUACAAACGAGUGGGAUCCAAUACACCAGCUGUAUCGUGAAUUCUGAGAUUACAACGCUCAGUUUUUUUUAUAAAAGCCCGUCUUUGCCACUGAAAGACAAACAAAUCCAAAUGGUAAGUCAUAAUUUAAUUAUGAGAUAACAAUUAUGAGAAUGGAAAGUAAUUAAAAGAUAAAAAGUCUAAAUUACGAGAUACAAACUGCGCAUGUGCUACCCUCUUGCGCAUGCGCAGUUUUGUAUCUCAUAAUUUCGUGUUUUUUUCGUUUUUUUACUUACCAUUGGGAUAUUUUUCAGGGUUUAAACGAGCUUCCAUAGUUUUUAAUAAUUAAUAAACAUGUAUUUUUUCUGCUGUUUGUUUCUUUGACCAGCGGCACUCUGUAGUUCCUUUUGAGGCUGUACACAAUGGCGUCGAAGAAUGGGGUUGGAUGAGAGGGAAUGUUUUCGUAAGGUUUUUAAGAUUUAUUUAAUUUCAACAUGUCCUUUAUGAAAGGCUACGCCAUAAAUAUUAAAAUAAAAUACAUUUCGCUGUAAACGUUCAAUAACAAGGUUGCUUUAAUCAACUCCAGAGGGUCUUAGACAAGCUACACCCACCUAGCAAAAGUGCUAAAUGGUUCAUUCCACUUUGUAGCGUUCAAGGUCGUCGAAAAAAAUUGCAAAUAGUUUGUAUAGGCAUUUGUGCAGGGACCUAAAGUUUGGUGCUACAACCUUGGCUGCAAUGUACAUUUACAGAAAAUAACUUAUUUCGUAUUUUGCUCAACACCGGUGCAAUAGUAGUCAACAAAUGGUGACCAUACAAUACUUUGUGCCUUUACAUUUGGCCUAAGUACUUUCUUCAUAAUGGCAUUUUUUUUCCCAUAAGCACUUUCUUCACAAAGACAAAUUUUUUCCCCCACAUACUUUGGAUGUCAUUCAAAUGUGCGAGUGUACCUAAUGAAGUGUCCCAAAAAGGUAUCUUGUGUCAUCCAUUUCCUGCCACUGUCCAGGUUUUAUGAUAACAAUGAAAUUCAAUAAAAGAUGACAUAUUAACUACAA